UAAUAAUAAUAAUCAUAAUAAUCAUAAUAACAAUAACAAUAAUAAUAAUAGUAAUAAUAAUAGUAAUGAUGAAAUAUUAGGUAUAAUACCUUAUGUAGCUCCAGAAAUUUUUAAUUGUUGGCCAUAUACUCAAGAUUCUGAUAUUUAUAGUUUUUCCAUGUUAAUGUUUGAAUUAGCUACUGAUAGACCACCUUUUUAUGAUCGUGCUCAUGAUCAACAUUUAAUCUUUGAUAUAUGUGAAGGUUUAAGACCAAAAUUUGAUUUUAAUGAAAUACCUGAAUGUUAUGCUGAUUUAAUGAAACAAUGUUGGGAUACUGAACCUGUAAGCAGACCUUCUGCCAAUGAAAUUCUUAUUACAGUUAAAAGUUGGAAUUUUGAUGAUUUCUUAGAUAAGAAAUUUAAUGAUCAAGAUUUUGAUAUACAUCCUGAUGCUAUUUAUACUAGUAGACCUCUUGGUGAAUUAAUAUCGCGUGAAUUGGAACUUCAAGAUCAAGCUUGGGAGGAAACCGAGUUACAUAAGCAAGAUAACUAUAAGCAAGAUAAUGAGAUGGAAGGAUCUUCCUCCGCUUUAGAAGAAGACGAAGAAGACGAAGAAGACGACGACGAAGAAGAAGAAGAAGAAGAAGAAGAAGAAGAAGAAGAAGAAAGUGAUGAUGAUGAUGAUGAAAGGAAUUAAAUUUCGGAUUCUCAAGUGAUUUGACAAAGAUUAUAAAUCAAAAUAAAUCAAAUGAGCGCGUUGAUGAUGGUGACAACAACGACGACGAAUCUUCUUCAAAUAAUACGACUUCUCCUAAUACGAGCGUAUUUGAUGAUUCUUUAACUGAAUCUUCUUCAAAUAAUGCGACUUCUCCUAAUACGAGCGUAUUUGAUGAAGAAUCGAAACACGAAGAUGAUACUUCUAAUUAAAUUAAACACAAGAGGAGGAUACUUUGAAAUUAUUUUUUUAUUUUAAAAAAAAAAAAUUUUUAUGAAUGAAAAAUUUCGAGUACAUAUACAAAUUU